AUGUCCAUUUCCAACCAGAAAGACCAGGCAUGGAUCCCCAAACUCUUCAAAAAGAAAGUCUGUACAACAUUUAUCGAGCAACCUGGCGAGGGCACCCCCUGCCUGUGCCAGUGUGGGAGCCCUCGCAGCAGCCACGUCUCUGUAGCCACAGAAGAUGCCUUCGGAGCAGCCAUUGUCAGCAAAUGGAACUCUGCCCAGCAUACGACAGAGGGGCCCACGGAUGCUUAUGGAGAAGUUGAGUUUGUGGGCACUGGCCGCAGGCCCAGCAAGUUCAUUCGCUUGUCAGACACAUCCGACCCUGCAGCAGCUUACGCCCUGGUAACGCACCACUGGAAAAUCCCACACCCCAACCUAGUAGUGUCAGUGGUAGGGGGUGAAGGCGAGAUGCGCGUGAGGGCAUGGCUGAAGGAUGUGCUGAGAAAAGGGCUGGUCAAAGCAGCUCAGAGCACAGGUGCCUGGAUUAUGACUGGUGGUCUGCAGGCUGGUGUGGGGCGCCAUGUUGGAGAAGCAGUGAGGGACCACACUACAGCCAGUACCAACCCGAGCACCCAUGUGGUGGCCAUGGGCAUUGCCCCAUGGGGCAUUGUUGAUCAGCGCCAAUACCUUGUGAACCCCAAGGGUUCAUUCCCAGCACGAUCUCCUCGGACAGUCCCUGUUAGCCCUUUCUGCCCUUUAGAUGCCAACCACUCUGUAUUCUUCUUGGUGGACGAUGGGACACAGGGCAGGGCAGGUGGUGAGGCCUCCUUCCGCGCCCGCCUGGAACGCUUCCUUGCCCAGCAGAAAGUGGGAGCUGGCGGUCUUGGAAGUAUUGAGAUCCCUGUAUUAGUGCUUCUCAUCAGUGGGGACUCAACUAUGUUCAAGCGUGUCUCUGACGCUGUCCAUGCCUCUAUCCCCUGCCUGCUUUUGGCAGGAUCUGGGGGAGCAGCUGACUGCUUGGCUGGGCUGAUAGAGGAGACACAACCUGGAGAGUCCCUGAAGGCACUGGCAAUAAAGAAAAUGCAGGGGAAGUUCCCUGAUGAUGAACUGGAGGACUUGGCAGAGGAGGUGGAGCGCAUUGGGGCUCUGCGGGAACUGGUGACGGUUUAUUCAGACCAUGAAGGUCUGGAAGAGUUUGAGACAAUCUUGCUCAAAGCCCUGGUGAAAGCCUGUAGGCGUUCAAGUGAGGCUACCUGCUACCUGGAUGAGCUGCGCCUGGCUGUGGCCUGGAACCGUGUGGACAUCGCCAGCACGGAGCUCUUCCGUGGGGACAUUCUCUGGGAGCCCAGCCUGCUGGUGGAGCCAAUGCGUGAUGCCUUGCUGGGGGACCGCCCUGCCUUAGUGCGCCUUUUUGUGGAGAAUGGUUUGGACAUCAGUCAGUUCCUGACCUGGAAAGAGCUGGAGCGCCUGUACAAAGGGGCCCCUGAGGUCUCACUGCUGCGUCAGCUUCUGCAGCGACGACAAGUGGCCAGCCCUGAGCCCUGCUUGCCCUCUGAUCACCUGCUGCUGGAGCAGUUUCCUUCUGAUUACCACCUGCCUCAGGUGGCCCACAUCCUCUCUGAGCUGCUGGGGGAUAUCUGUGCUCCCUUUUAUGCUGGAUUGCACCCCACUGGCCACAAAGGGGCAGGGACUAAGGGAUUGCUACCCAAUGAAGAUUCCGUGUACCUUUCUGAAUGUUCACCGAACCCUUGGACUGAUCUGUUUAUAUGGGCUGUGCUGCUGAACCGUAGAGAGAUGGCCAUGUAUUUUUGGGAAAUGGCCCCUGAUGCAGUGGCUGGGGCAUUGGCGGCAGCACGGAUGCUUAGAGAGCUUUCGCACCUGGAGACGGAGGCAGAGGAAGAGGCGGCCAUGAAAGACCUGGCGAUGCGCUUUGAGAAUCUGGCCAUAGGUGUUUUUGGUGAAUGUUAUCGUAACAGCGAAAUGCGAUCCUACAAGCUGCUGAUCCGUCGGUCCUACCUCUGGGGGGGAGCCACUGUCCUCCAGCUGGCCCACCAGGCGGAUGCCCGCCUCUUUUUCGCCCAUGAUGGUGUGCAGUCCCUGCUGACCCAGAAUUGGUGGGGAGAGAUGCACCGAAGCACUCCUGUCUGGAAGCUCCUGCUUACAUUCUUCUGCCCGCCUCUCAUCUUCACCAAGCUCAUCACAUUCAGCAAUUUGGAAUCCUCUUCUUCCACAUCUCGCCAGUUCUGGUUACGACGGUGGCAUCAGUUCUGGGUGGCGCCUGUGACUGCAUUUCUGGGUAAUGUGGUGAUGUACCUGCUGUUCCUCUUCCUCUUCUCCUACGUCCUGCUUCUGGAUUUCGACCCCCCUCCUCCCAAAGGCCCAUCCGGCUCAGAGAUCGCUUUGUACAUCUGGGUCUUCACACUGGUCUGCGAGGAGGUGCGCCAGGGCUGCUUCGUGGGCUCCCAACCCCUGCCACAGAGGGUGCGCCACUACUUCUUGGACACCUGGAACCAGCUUGAUAUCACAGCCCUGCUGCUCUUCAUGCUUGGGGUGGCCUGCAGGCUGUUUCCACAAUCAUAUGAAUCUGGACGCACCAUCCUUUGCCUCGAUUUCAUGAUUUUCACCCUUCGUCUCAUCCACAUCUUUGCCGUCAACAAGCAGCUGGGUCCUAAGAUGAUUAUUGUUGGCAGGAUGAUGAAGGAUGUCUUCCACUUUCUCUUCUUCCUCGGAGUAUGGCUGGUGGCCUACGGGGUCACCACAGAGGGUCUGCUAGUUCCACAUGACCGACGUCUCCCUUGGAUCUUCCGGCGUGUCUUCUACCGGCCCUACUUGCAAAUCUUCGGACAGAUCCCGCUUGACGAGAUUGAUGCUGCUCUGAUUAGCGCAUCAAACUGUACCUAUGACCCUGUGGCCAUCUUGAUGGAGAACGCGAAUCCCUGCACCAACACCUACGCCAACUGGCUCGUGCUCAUUCUCCUUGUGAUCUUUCUACUCAUAGCGAACAUUCUGCUCCUCAACUUGCUUAUCGCCAUGUUCAGUUACACAUUCUCCAAGGUGCAAGGCAAUAGUGACAUCUAUUGGAAAUCCCAGCGCUACAACUUGAUCCUGGAGUACCACAGCCGUCCCGCUCUGGCCCCGCCCUUCAUCCUAAUCAGCCACCUCCACCUUUUCUUCAAGCGUCACAUCCGCAAGGUUCAGUCAUCCAAGGGAUGCCACUUCUUGCUGGAACUGAGUGAGGCUGAGGAUGGACAUCUGCUCACGUGGGAAUCAGUGCAGAAAGAAAACUACUUAGUUGUUCAAGCCCGGCAGAAACGUGACCUGGACACAGAGCGGCUCCGGCGAACCUCCCAAAAAGUCGAUCAGGUUUUGAAGCAGCUUUCUGAGAUCAAGGAAUCAGAACGGCGCCUGAGAACCCUAGAGACACAGAUGGAGUACUGCACCAAGGCCCUAACUUGGAUGGUUGAUGUCUUGGCCCAGAGUGAUGUGGCCAAAGGGAGGCAGGCUCCUCCCUUUCAGAAAAAAGACUGA